AUGUUAUUCAGAAAAACAAGGUUGCUCGUCAUAUUAUCUGUGAUAAUACUAGCAAAUUUAGGGUUAUUAUCCAUUUUGAACUAUGAUAAGGAAAGAAUACUUGCACUAACAAGUUUGAAAUCAGUGUUGAGAACCUCAACAGAUCUGAAGAAUGAAGAUUUAGACUUUGAAUUUGUGAAGAACAACUUCUUAGGUACAGAGAUCGUUUCAAAAUAUUACAUACCCGAUUACUUAUACAAUUCAAAAUCCAAAACAUACAAUCAUGACCCAAGAUUGACAUCUGGUAUCUAUUUGAACCAUAUAACCUCAGAAUUUAAAAAGCAUAAUGAUCUUGCCAACGUGAAAGUUCCCUUCAGCUGGUAUGAUUGGACAGACUUAAGCAAAGACCUAAAUAAGUUGAUCAACUUGCCCCAAAAAUUCAAACCUGAUUGCUCAUAUGUUUGCACAAAUUACUUCAAUAAACAACUUCAAAAAGAGCUGGAAGAGAAGAUAAAAGGAACAUUUGAAGAAAAAGAAGCGAUAGACCCAAACAAUGAUGGCAAAGUCAAUAAAAAUGGGAGAAAAAGGAAGUCAACAAGGUAUCAAAUGCAAAAAUAUUCAUAUUGCCGAGAUGAUAACUCUGAAAACCAACCAGGUUUUAGAAUCUUCAAAAACCAUUUAAAGUCAAGGCCAGAUGUGAAGGCAUUGCAAUCUAAAUCAUAUCUAUACAGUGAAGCGUCAGCGCCAGUCUCACUGGUGUUUCUAACCAAAAAUGGGAACUUACAGAUUGAAGUCUUGACCAAUGAAGAAAGUGAAAACAAACAAGACUAUGGUUUGUUGAAAAACAAAAUGAUACAAAAUUAUGCUGAUUCAUUCAGGGCCAAUAAUCCAAAAGAAGAAGUCUAUGUUGAUUCACGAAUUGAAUUGGGUGAGUUAUUUGAAACGAUAGGAAAUAUUGAUCCAGUCUCUACGCCACUAUCAUUAAAAACAUACCAACUUGAUCUCAACCAUUCACAGUUUGAAUUUGACGGACCUCAAUACCUAAACUCUUCGCCAACUUCUUCCCUUUCGAAACAUCAAACCAACUUCCAAAACUCUAUCAAAAAUUCAUUACAAACAAAAGAACUUUUGGUACCAAAAUAUUUCGAAGAAGUUUUAUUAAGUCGUACAAGGGCAAGUCUUCAAGGUGGUCAUUUUGAUUGGAGAUUUUUCUCUGGUGAUGUACCACUAGAUCAAAGACAAUCUAUCCUUUCAAGAUUAUUACAAAACUGGUUCAAAUUAACAACUAAUGCUGGUCUUCAUAGUUGGAUUGCCCAUGGUAAUUUAUUAGCAUAUAGUUUCAAUGGGUUGAAUUUUCCUUGGGAUGACGAUAUUGAUGUCCAAAUGCCUUUCAAUGACUUGGCCAAGUUUGCAGAACGUUAUAAUGGAAGUUUGAUUGUUGAAGAUCCUGAAGAAGGGUUUGGUCGUUAUUUUAUUGAUGUCACCUCUUCAUUGACUCAUAGAUUGAAAGGAAAUGGUAAUAAUCAUAUUGAUGCCAGAUUUAUUGAUGUUGAUACUGGGCUGUUCAUUGAUAUUACUGGACUGGCUGUUUCUGCAUCUGAUACUUCUCAAAGAUUUCAAAAUCGUUAUGAAAAAAUGAUUCGAAAAGGAGAAGCGGUUGAAUAUUCUGACCCUAACUACUAUGAAGGUAUCUAUGAAGAUAUAAGUAGGGAUGAUAUGAGAAAAUUGGCCAAAGAAAACUUGGUUCUAUACAAACAAUUGAGGCAAUUUGAAAGAGAAAACUCUCGAAGUCGUGGGAACUUAUUGAAAGAUAAAUCAUCUGAAGAACGUUAUGACAUCAACUACAAACUUCAAACAUACAACUGUCGUAAUGAUCAUUUUGUCUCCUUCGAUGAACUGUCACCUUUGAAAAGAAGUUUUUUUGAAAAAAUCCCAAUUUUUGUUCCAAAUAAUGUUUCAGCUAUAUUGUUGGAUGAGUAUAAACCUCAGAGGAAGCUGAGUGCUGAACAUAGCGGAUUCUGCUAUUUACCUCAAAUAAGGCUAUGGGUACCAAGGAAGACUGUUGCUAAUAUUGUUCGUAAUGAAGAUAAAAUGGCAAACUUGAACCUAUUGACUCAAAAUGACAUUGAAAAAUUACUCGAAGAUGAAUCCAUUUUUGCUGAAUAUUUCAAGACUUUUGAUGCAACAUUAGUAAGGGAAAAGGAAAAAGAAAUCAUUAAUGAUGAAUCUAUUGAACAAAAAGAUCAAUUGUUGUCAAAGCUGGUUCUUGGAAAGAGAUUUCCAAGCUUGAGAAAAGAUGUUCAUAUGCUUAGAUUGGAGAAUAAAGUUGCUGAGAAGUUCAAUAUUAAAUUCAGUAAAGAAGAUAUUAGUGAUCAAAUAAUAUCGCAACUACGUUCAGAGUAUUCAAAAACAGUUGAUUAUAAUAUUCUUGGUGCAGGCUCACCACAAGAUAUCAAUUUCAACAACUAUGGUCAACUUUACAAAGAUAUGUUGAAGAAAGCUCAAGACGAAAACUAUGAACCUGAUUUUGAAAUGAAGAAGGAAGAAUUACAACAAGCUUUAUACCGUGCAAGAAAUAAUAUUGAACGUGAGCAGAAACAAAAGCUACUAGAUCAGCUGUUAGAUACUGAAAUUAAAGAGAAGUUUGACAGCAACAUACCCAAACCUCCAUUAUUACAAAAAGGGCAAGUUCAAGGUGUUGAAAGGCCAAAUAAUAGACCUAUGGAUGAAGAAGAUGAUCCUGGUGUUGUUAACGAUGCCCAAAAUGAUGAAAAAUCUCCAAUGGCACAAGAAGUUAAUCAACUUCCAAGGUUGGAUGUUGAAGUUGAUGAGCAAAAGGAGGCCGAAAAACUAAAACAGUUUGAAGCAAUUCAUGGAGAAAUGAUAUCAUAA